ACUUUUGACCAAAAAACAAAACAGAGGUAACUUUACUUAUGCAGAGCAGUUAACCGAUUGGUUCAUCCAAUUCAAACUCUUCAGUUUCUGAUUCGUGGUUGCGUCCAGCUCGUGAUCGAAACGAAGUGAAGGAGGAGCAGCCAUGGCUGACGGCAACCGCUCCAACAGCAACAAACCAGAGUGGCUUCAGCAGUACGAUCUGAUUGGGAAGAUCGGAGAAGGAACCUACGGUCUCGUCUUCCUCGCUCGGAUCAAGUCCGCCACCAACCGCGGAAAAUCCAUCGCCAUCAAGAAAUUCAAGCAAUCUAAAGAUGGCGAUGGUGUCUCUCCCACCGCCAUUCGUGAAAUCAUGUUGCUGAGGGAGAUCACACAUGAAAAUGUUGUGAAGCUUGUGAAUGUUCACAUCAAUCAUACAGACAUGUCUCUGUAUCUAGCCUUCGAUUAUGCUGAACAUGACCUUUAUGAAAUAAUAAGACAUCAUAGAGACAAGGUCAACCAAUCGAUUAACCAGUACACUGUUAAAUCAAUACUAUGGCAGUUGCUCAAUGGGCUGAACUAUCUGCACAGUAAUUGGAUAAUACAUCGAGAUUUGAAGCCAUCGAAUAUAUUGGUUAUGGGUGAUGGCGAGGAACAUGGAGUUGUUAAAGUUGCUGACUUUGGGCUUGCAAGGAUAUAUCAAGCCCCUCUGAAGCCAUUAUCUGAAAAUGGAGUUGUUGUAACCAUUUGGUAUCGUGCUCCUGAGUUGCUUCUUGGAGCAAAACACUAUACCAGUGCUGUUGAUACGUGGGCUGUGGGAUGCAUUUUUGCUGAGUUGUUGACCUUGAAGCCACUAUUUCAAGGUGCAGAAGUCAAAGCUACACCAAAUCCUUUUCAGCUUGAUCAACUUGACAAAAUAUUCAAGGUUUUAGGCCACCCCACAUUAGAGAAAUGGCCUUCCUUACAACAUCUUCCUCAUUGGCAACAGGAUACACAACAUAUACAAGGACACAAAUAUGACAAUGCUAAUCUCUACAGUGUUGUACACCUAUCUCCAAAAAGUCCUGCAUAUGACCUUUUGUCAAAGAUGCUUGAAUAUGAUCCUAAAAAGCGUAUAACAGCAGCACAAGCUUUGGAGCAUGAGUAUUUCAAAAUGGAACCACAGCCUGGACGGAAUGCACUUGUACCAUUCCAACCUGGAGAGGCAUUUGUGAAUUAUCCCACACGUCCAGUGGACACAACGACAGAUUUUGAAGGGACAACCAACAUGCAGCAAUCACAGCCGGUUUCGUCUGGAGCUGCUAUUGCUGGAAACAUGCCUGGUGGUCAUGUAUCAAAUAGACCUGUCCCUCGACCAAUGAAUGUUGGCAUGCAAAGAAUGCAUCAGCUGCAAGCUUAUAACCUCCCAUCCCAGCAAGGGAUGGGUAGUGGAAUUAAUCCUGCUGGCAUCCCAAUGCAACGAGGAGUUCCGCAACAGGCCCAUCAGCAGCAACAGUUGAGGAGAAAAGACCAAAUGGGAAUGCCUGGAUACCCUCCGCAGCAGAAGCCAAGACGUAUGUGAGAUAUCAAGUGAAGAUAGAUUUAAUGGAAGAUAUUCUGAAGAUAUCAUGCUUAGGUUUUGAUGGAAGAGAUCAAAUGAAGAUAGAUUUCAAGUCAAUAGUGGCAAGCUUGAGCUCAUUCUGGACAAUUCAUAAGUCAUAACACCCAUAUUCGACUGAUUUGCCUUCAUCCUUGUGGACUUCACUUUUUGUAAUUGCAUUGGGCACAUGAAGCUGGAUGCUACAACAUGAACUAUUCUCCUGGAACACCAAUGGAGCCAUUGAAGGGAGAAUAAACUGGGGAAAUGGCUGAGCUACUGGUGAGACAUGUAUAUCAUAUUUAUAUAUAGUUUGUACAAUUUUCUUGUAUUCUCACAACUGUUACUCAAGGUGAAAUGUUAGGGAUCAUAUAGGUUUUCGUCAAAAAUGAAUCAGCUGAAACUUUAUUAUACUGUAUGUAUAUUAUUGCCUCACCUUAUUGAAGGAAAUUGUGUACUAGUCUUUUCCGUUUUGAA